AUGCUCGCCUCUGCUUUUAGUCUCUUCACCCGCGGUCUCCGCAAGAACGAUGGCAGCAAACGGCUACAUGACGAAAGCGACACCGGGUAUCGCAUUCCAGGAUGUGUUUUCUGCGACAUCUCGCGAGAGAAGGGCUUUGACGUAGUCUGGGAGGACGAGACUUUUAUAGUAUUCAAUGAUCACAGUCCAGCGGCAAAGCAUCACUUACUCGUCAUCCCGAAGAGACAUGUCGAGAGCGUGAAGACUCUCAAACCGUCGGACGCUCCCAUGAUACAACGUAUGUCCGAGAUCGGCCACAGCCUCCUCGGCGAACUCUCUGUGCCCGCUGCCUCGCGCAUGAUGGGCUUCCACAUCCCCCCGUUCAACUCCGUUGACCACCUGCACCUACACGUCCAAGGCCUGCCGUAUAAGAGUGUCUGGAGGAAAGCGAAGUACCCGUAUGUCAAAAGAAGUCAGGGUGUGCAGAAAGGGUGGACGUGGUUCGCAGAGGUAGGCCAGGUGCAGAGUAUUUUAGAAGGAGGUGGAGAGGUGCGAGUCGCGCCUUGUUAGAGACUUACGUGCAUAUUGGUAUGGUGAGCCGUACCCAUGUAGCUGCUUGUGCAUAGGACACCAAUUCGGAUGAGUAGUGCA